AUGGAUACGUUAUCUCAAUUCGACUGCGCGAAGAAAAGUUCAUCUACCAGCCUGCAAAAUGAUUCGUCACAUAAUGACAAUGCAUCAACAAUUGUUGAAUCACAAAUCCAGCUAAAUCUCGUCCCACCAUUGAACUUCUCCCUCGUAGAAGAUGGCAUCUAUAGAUCUGGAUUCCCAAUGGAGAUCAACUACCCCUUUCUACAACAGCUCAAUUUGAGAACCAUUAUAUAUCUCGGCGACUUGGGUCAUCAUGACGAUGCCGCGGCUGCCGCUACCGCUGCCGGUGCUGCCAGUGCUGCCAGUGCUGCCAGUGCUACUGCUGCUACUGCUGCUGCUAAUACAACCUCCGCCACUUCAAGCAAAAAGACAAAGAAGAAGAAAAAGGAUAAAGACGGAUCAACGGACAUAUACAACCAAUACGUCAACUGGAUCAACGCUCAGAAAACAAUCACAUUCCACAACUUGCCCAUGGAAUCAUCACAGGAACCAUUUAUAAACCAACAGGAGAAUGAGCAGAGCUUGAGAAGUUUGACUACGGCACUACAUUUAAUCUUAGAUAAUUCAAAUUAUCCCAUUUUGAUCCAUUCAAAUAAAGGUAAACAUCGAACUGGGUUGUUUAUCGGCUUGAUGAGAAAAUUACUCCAGGGUUGGUGCCUUUCUGGGAUCUUUGAAGAAUAUGAAAAAUUCGCCAUGGGUAAGUUUGAAUAUGAUUUGGAAUUGAUUGAAAUAUGGCAGCCGGAGUUGGUGGUUGAUGAUGCAAGGAAACCGAAUUUUGUGAGAGUUUGA